GAGAGAGGACUGUACCAGGACAAGGUGUUCUGCUUCAUCCAUCUGAGUGUUCAGGAGUUUCUGGCUGCUCUUCAUGUCCAUCUGGCCUUCAUCAACUCUGGACUCAAUCUGCUGGAAGAACAACAGACAACCUCGAUGUUGUCUAAAUUAAUUAGCAAACCAAACCUACAGUCUCUCCACCAGAGUGCUGUGAACAAGGCCUUACAGAGUCCAAAUGGACACCUGGACUUGUUCCUCCGCUUCCUCCUGGGUCUUUCACUGCAGACCACUCAGACUCUCCUACGAGGUCUGCUGACACAGACAGGAAGUAGCUCACAGACCAAUAAGAAAACAGUCCAGUACAUCAAGGAGAAGCUCAGUGAGGAUCUGUCUGCAGAGAAAAGCAUCAAUCUGCUCCACUGUCUGAAUGAACUGAAUGAUCGUUCUCUAGUGGAGGAGAUCCAACAAUACAUAACAUUAGGAUUUAUCUCUGAUGGUAAUCUGUCUCCUGCUCAGUGGUCAGCUCUGGUCUUCAUCUUACUGUCAUCAGAAAAAGAUCUGGAUGUGUUUGACCUGAAGAAAUACUUUGCUUCAGAGGAGGCUCUUCUGAGGCUUCUGCCAGUGGUCAAAGCCUCCAACAAAGCUCUGCUGAGUGUUCCUGGCCUCUCAGAGAGAGGCUGUGAUGCUCUGUCCUCAGUUCUCAGCUCCCAGUCCUCUAGUCUGAGAGAGCUGGACCUGAGUAACUCUGACCUGCAGGAUUCAGGAGUGAAGCUUCUGUCUGCUGGAGUGAAGAGUCCACACUGUAAAAUGGAAACUCUCAGGUCAGCAUUUACAUUUUUCUACUGUUGAUCAUUUCA